GCUCGUCAUUUCGCCCUCUCUCUCCCGAGAACUCGCAAAACGACAGUCAUGGCGCAACACUCGGAUUUUCCCUUGUUUUCUCGGCAAACCCAGAACGAAUUUUCUUUAUCUCGCCCAAUAUAAAAAUCCCCAUUAAAAAAGAUCGCAGCUUUAAGAGCGAGCAGCGAGCAGUAAUGAGUAGAGCGAGGGAGUGUGAGUGUGCUUUAGAAAGAGAGAGAGAGAGAGAGAUCUGACCCAGCAGUGUGGUUGAGAUUUGCGACCACGAACAGUGAAAGUAGCUGUGCUAUAGUUUUGCUUUUUUUCUUACAGGCCUCAGGAAUUGGAAUCUUUUGUUAGCUUUGGUGAGCUCUGUUUUUCGCUCCUCCUUGUGCGGCAGGCUUUACUCUUUCUCUUCCUUUCUCUUCUUUUUUGGGUGUUGGGUCAUAUUGGUUCUUGAACGUUGGGUUUCGUGGGAAGGAGCUGAGGAGUCUCCUGGAGAGCUCGCUCAGCGUUUGAACUCUCUUCUUUCGUGGUAAGGAGCUGGUAAACCUGUUAUCAAUUGAUGAAGAAGUGCUGAUUCCUGGAACUUGAUGCGGUUGAUCCGGAUCACGUAGCAGUUGGUACCAAAACUGCAGUGGGACUACAAGAUAAGUGUGCCGAAAAUUUAUCAUUGUUGGUUGGAGUUAUGGCCGCCACUGCAAAUGAAGAUUCUAAAGGGAUGUAUUCUUGGUGGUGGGGUAGUCACGUUACCCCAAAGAAUUCCAAAUGGCUCGUGGAAAAUCUUACAGAUGUGGAUGCCAAAGUCAAACAGAUGAUUAACAUCAUUGAGGAAGAUGCUGACUCAUUCGCAAGACGAGCAGAGAUGUACUAUAAGAGACGGCCUGAACUUCUGCAUUUGGUUGAAGAGUUUUACCGAGCAUAUCGUGGAUUAGCUGAGAGAUAUGAUCACGCCACAGGAGUUCUGUGCCAGGCCCACAAAACUAUGGCGGAAGCGUUUCCCAACCAAGUCCAGCCAGCGCUUCUUGACAGUGAUGAGUUUCCCAAGGAUAUUUUGGAGCAAGCUCUGUCUUACUUCCAAGCUUGUGAGAAGAAUGGAGCCGUGCAUCAAGAUUUCAAGGGUAUGAGAAGUAGAAAUGAGUCGAAACAGGUCGAUGAGACUUCUGAUUCUGGAGGAGGAAGUGAAAAUGUGGUCCUCAUGUGUCGUGAUGCAGGAGAAAAAGAAUACAGUGCACAAUGUACUUGUAAGCAUGAUGCGAUGACACGCGAACUUGAGGGAGCAGGUGAUACUGAGAAAGAAAUUCAGAACUUGAACCAAGCACUUGCAGAGUUGGAGGCUGAGAGAGAAGUCUACGUGCUUCAGUUUCAUCAGAGUCUGGAAAGAUUAUCAAAAUUGGAAGUGGAACUUACUCGAAGGGCCAAUGAAGCUGAGGCAGAAGCUCAAUCUUUGAAGACAGAGCUAGCAGAUCUACAAGCCGAAAAGAAAGGCAAUCUUAUUCAGUACCACCUGGCUUUAGAAAAACUAAGAGCUCUUGAGAACACUGUGUCAUGUGCCCAAGAAGAGGUGGAUGAAAUCAAGCAGCGAGCUGAUAAAGCUGAAACUAAGGCCGACACUCUAAAACAAGAUCUUGCAAGGGUGGAAGCUGAAAAACAAGCUGCACUUCUUCAGCACAACCACUGCCUCGAGAAGAUAUCAAAUCUGGAAGAUGAAUUAAAAUGUGCAGAGGAGAAUAACAGAGAGAUUAAGGAAGCUGCUGCUGGACGUUGCAACAAUCUGCUGAUGAAGAUUUCUAAUCUCGAGCAGGAAAUUAUGCGAAACCAGGCCCAAAUGUUGGAUCCUGAUCGGGAAAAGGAUUCGACAAAGCUAAAGAAAGCUGAAGAAAUGUGUCUUCUUUUGGAGAGAUCUAAUCAGACUCUGCAGUCUGCUUUGGAGGCUUUGACAAAGAAAAUGGAAGCUCAGAGUGAAGAAACUACAGAGAAGCAGAAGGAAAUGGGAAGGCUCUGGACUUGUGUGCAAGAAGAACGGUUACGGUUUUCUGAGGUUCAAACUUCCUUUCAGAAUCUACAUAAUCUUCACUUUGAGACUCAGGAACAGGUGAGAUCCCUAGCCAUGAAGCUUCAGGAGAAGACUCAGCUUCUAGAAGACAUGGAAUUGCACAAUAAGGGUUUGAAGGAUGAAAUCUGGAAGGCCUGUGGGGAGAAGAAGAAUCUAAAUGAGGUCAAUAUGGCUUCAUCACUGUUGGUAAAAAACUUGGAAGAUGAAAUCUUGAGCAUGCGAGAAAUAAUGCACAAACUUGAAGCGGAGACUGCAGCCAUAGUGGGUGAACGAGAUUCUCUUCAAAAAGAUAUUUACUACCUGAAAGAGCAACUGGAUGACCAGAGAAAGAAGCACUGCUCAGUGAUGGAGCAGGUGGCUUCAGUGGGUCUCGAUCCGGGGCAUUUGGGGUCAGCUUUCAUGGAGUUGAUGGAUACGAAUUCAAAGCUUGAGAAGUGCUGCGAUUUAGAACAAAGUGAAAAAUCGCUCUACUAAGGAAACUGGAAGUCUCCCAGAAGCUUGUGGAGAAG